CGUUGAGUAUAGAAGCUAGUGACACGAAGAAACGAAAGUGAAAAUGUGAACAUAUUAUUCGAACCCGAAUGCAAGAUAUCGUGGUGGCUCUCGUCAUUUAGUUAAUCAUAAAACUAAUAUUUGUUACCUUGGAACAUUUUGUGUAGGCUACAGCGUAGUCCUACAUUAUCUUAUGCGCCGCUCCGGAGUUAGUGGUCUUCUAAGGAUAAUAGGAACAGGUCUGCGAGCAGCGCUAAAAUUGUCAGCUAAACUCAGACGACACAUGUCUAGGAUGUUUCCCGGGAUUGAAUGUUUUAGGCACAAACGCACUUUAUUACUGGUUCCAGUUCUCGCCUACAUGGGCUUACACUGGAGGUCGUUCAUACCAAAUUGUUGGCCUUGGCUGGAACGCAUCUGGAGAUUUAUCAUGCCAAGUUAUCCUAGUCCGAAUUCCCUUCCCAGAGAUGAAGUGGAGAGUCAAGAGUCUCAAGUAAGUGUAGUAGUGGAGCCUUCUGAUUCCCUUCCCAGAGAAGAAGUGGAGAGCCAAGAGUCUCUAGUAAGUGUAGUAGUGGAGCCUUCUGAUUCCCUUCCCAGAGAAGAAGUGGAGAGUCAAGAGUCUCUAGUAAGUGUAGUAGUGGAGCCUUCUGAUUCCCUUCCCAGAGAAGAAGUGGAGAGUCAAGUGUCUCUAUUUAUAUGAGCCUUCUGAUUCCCUUCCCAGAGAAGAAGUGGAGAGUCAAGAGUCUCUAGUAAGUGUAGUAGUGGAACCUGAAUCCAUUCCCAGUGGAAAAGUGGAGGUUCCGGUUCUCAGGUCAUUUGAUAUUGAAGACACCGAUGAAUACUACUGCAUGUACGACUCGACAUGGGAGGAUCAUCCAAGCGAAGAAACAAGUGAAAGAAGGACCAAACAUUCAAACAAGUUUAACAGAUUCAGAAGUGCAGCAAGGGAUAUGCAGAAGUACAGGCAUGAUUAUCCAGGGCAAGGAUCAAACUUGUACUUUGGCGGGCAACAACAAGAUGAUAUGCCUAAUUUACAGUUCUACCGUGGACAAAUACCCUCCUCCCCUGAUGGUGUCUUCAUUGAGGACUUUCACAAUAAAUGGCACAGGAAAUAUUCAAAACUGGAAGAAGUUCACUCAUACAUCCAAUGGUUGUUCCCACUUCAAGAACCAGGAAUGAAUUAUCAAGCCAAGGAACUCACCAAGAAGGAAAUUGAGGCUUUCCUUGAAGAUGGCACAGCAAAGCAGAGGCUGGUCACGUCCUACAAGCUCAUGCUGGACUUCUACGGCAUAGAGCUGUCAAAUGACAUAACUGGGGAAGUGAAACUUGCGAAUAACUGGCGUGAAAGAUUUGACAACCUGGAAAGAAACACACACAACAACCUGCGCAUCACCCGCAUCCUGAAGUGCCUGGGAACUCUGGGGUUUCCCCACUACCAGGCCCCACUGGUCCGCUUCUUCCUAGAGCAGACUCUUGUCAAAGGCAAGCUGUACAAUGUGAAGGAAAGUGCCCUCAACUACUUCAUCUUCGCUGUCAUUGAUAAGCAAGAGCGCAGGAAUUUAGUUAAAUAUGCCUAUGCACACUAUGAGCCCAAACAUGAGUUUGUGUGGUGCCCCAAGACAAUCCAGAGUAUAUUUAGGGGAGAGACAUUCCCAGAUGAUGAAAACCCAAUUGAUCUUAAACAGGAUGACAUUGACGACAACACUGCCAGUUAUCAGUCUGUCUCUCACGAUGUUAACAAGAAUGAGCCAAUGGAUAGGAGUGGAAUGGCAGGUGAGGUUAGUGACUUAAUGCGAGUUGGGUCACCAAACGAUGCAUGGUUGGGACAUGUAUCCAUACCUCAUGAUAAUGUGCCUGAUCUGUCGACGAGGUACACUCUGAGAAACAAAGGGACCAGUCAGGGCACAAAGUCUACUGGUGGAAGGAAUCAAAACACCAAUGGUGAUUCAUCUCAUGAGGAUCUACCAAUUAGGCAAAACGAUAUUGCUCAAUCCAGUUAUGGAGCUUGUGAUAGAGGUAGCUCUAUAACUACCCCCUACCCUAGUCAGCACCCCACCAUCGAUUCUCCGAAGCAAUCAGAUUGUCAACCUAGCAGUGGACAUUCAGAGGGAAAUACUGACGAUCAUUCAGAGAGAAUUACUGACGAUCAUUCAGAGAGAAUUACUGACGAUCAUUCAGAGAGAAUUACUGACGAUCAUUCAGAGAGAAUUACUGACGAUCAUUCAGAGAGAAUUACUGACGAUCAUUCAGAGAGAAUUACUGACGAUCAGAGAAAGAGAGCUGCAGAUAAGACAACAGAGCAUGAACUUCCCAAACGUAUCAACGUUUCAGAGGGAAUGACUAAUGCUGAUCAUGAUGUAAGAAAGAAUAAGGGAGCAGAUAGUGAACCAAUCAAUGACGUUUCAGAGGGAAUGACUAAUGCUGAUCAUGAUGAAAGAAAAAAUAAGGGAGCAGAUAGUGAACCAAUCAAUGACGUUUCAGAGGGAAUGACUUAACACCAAUGGUAAUGAGAGUACAGAUGAGCAACCAGAGGGGGACAGUGGAGAUUUGGAGGGAAACACAGACAGCAAAGAUGAAUAUGAUGGUGAUGGGGAGAAUAAGGGAGCAUUUAGUGAGCGAACCAUGCAGUGAUGUUUCAGAGGACAAUAUUAGCACAUCCCGUGACAGUUAAUUGAAUAAGAAACCUACCGAAGAGGUACUGCUGAGCCCAGCAAAGGAAAAUGAAGAUAAGAUACCAAAAGGAAAUAUUCAGUGUUUGAAGUAAUAGUGACGAUUGAUUAGACUAUUCAACCAUGUCAUGCACUAAUAAAGGAACUGUUAUGUAUUCUAAUCAUUUCCAUUUAUAUGAACAAAUGUUAGUGAAUCAAUUUAUUACAUCUGAUUUCUGAUCACAUGUAUAAUAUAUCAGUGUGUUAUUAUCCACAUUUUUCAAACAAUACAAAUGUUAUACUAUUGAUUAUAGUUUUCAAACCAGCAACGAUAAUGUUAGUGGUUUAUUUUGUAAUAGCAUAUUUUUAGUUUGGGGUAAAUGUUAUAAAUGUUAUUUAUAUUGAUUUGGGGUAAAUGUUCAGCUUUGAAUGAUUAUGCUUGCCUCAGGUUUUUCAAAAUACUUUCUACUGCUUAAAAUAUCUUUAGUGCCCAACCAUGUGUACCACCAGGGGUGCCUAAUGAUUAGAUACAUUUGAUUUUAAUAAAAAAAAAUAGAUAAA